GCUGACAAUAAACACAGAAACAACUGAAAUCUUUUCUAUAACAUCUGAUGACAAUGGUCCCAUUAAUGAAAAUGAAACAAAUAUGUCAUCAACAAUAGAUACAGAAACAAUAAUAGACACCAAUGAUAACCAUCACAACAACAAACUUCCCUCAUCCUCUUCUUCUUCCAACAAUAACUGUAACAUCUGA